AUGGCAGGGAAAUCGGAGACGAAGGGACAACCGAUGAGAAUAUUGAGUAUAGAUAUGGGAAUUCGCAACCUGGCCUACUGCGUCCUCGAUGUUCCAACGGAUUCCUCUCUACCCAAACUGGUGGCAUGGAAACGCAUUGCAGUAUCAUCAGCACCAGUACCGAACAAUAACAAAAGCGAGCUGGCUGCAACAGUAGAAAAGGAAUCUUUCGAACCGCCUGCCCUCUCGGCCGCCGCAUUCAAGCUUCUCCACAAGACUCUCCUGCCCCAUAAUCCAACCCAUAUCCUCAUUGAACGCCAACGCUUUCGUUCCAUGGGCUCCCCAAAGAUCCUCGAGUGGACAGUAAGGGUUAACAUGCUGGAGAGCAUGAUCUACGCUAUUUUACUUACCCUCCGAGAGGAAGGUGCUUGGAAUGGAACUGUGAUUCCAAUUGCUCCCGGUAAAGUGGGACCGUUCUGGUUGGAGGGCGAAGAAGCUACCACUGCCUCUUUGGAGGAAGUGGAAACAGGGGGGUCUAGUCCCGCUGCAGUGAUGGAGACGAAGACACGGAAUGCUAAGCUCGCAAAGGCUCUUAAUAAAGGGGCCAAAAUAGACCUGGUUCGCAACUGGCUGGCCAUAGGCGACAGGGUUGAGGUGGAUUCUCCGGAUGUAGAGACGCUCGUGAUGGCGUAUUUGGACAAAUGGGAUAAGAAGCCCGGAGGCGUUAAGGGGAAAAGGCCUGCCAAAGAUUCUGUAGCUACCAUUGAAAAGAUGGGCAAGCUUGACGACCUUGCGGACAGCCUUCUCCAAGGUAUGGCAUUCAUCCAGUGGGAGGAGAAUAAAAGGAUAGCUAGGGAGAAAGGGAUAAGCAGCUUGCUGGAAGCAAAGUAA